AUUCUUUCCCCUCGCCGUUCAGGGCUGGUAGUUUGGACCCUAAACUUUGCUCUUGGAGAAAGAUCAAGUCUAAAGCUGACCCCAGUGAGAAGCGUGCCCGCAGACCAUGCAUCUGGAAAAGGAAGGCGGCAGGCGGAGCGCGGGCGAGCUGCAGGUGGAGCUUCGUCAGACAUCUGCUCCCACCAGCAGCCCCCGGCCACCUCUGGGAGUCAGCGGGGCAGCCCCCGAGGGCCCCUGCCCCAGCGGGUCGGCCGGGCAGAGCUCCUGGAUUCCUGGGGGCCAGGAUUUGGGCCCCUUCCUGAUGGAGCGGAGCUCCAGGCCCGAAGAACCCUACUUUACAGAAAGCACUCCUCUGCUGGGGAAUUCCUCGCAAGAGAAAGGGUCACGGCGCCUGCCCAUCGGCCAUCCGGAGCUCGUCACUGCUGAGGAGUCCUGGGACUACAGCUCGGCCGAGUGGGAGGGACGGUCCUCCGGGUGCAGCUCCUCAGACAAGGGGGACCUUCUGGAAGGUGCUCACGUCAGGAUCCGCCUUUCGAGGCUGAGGUGCUGCGCCCGGUGGCUCAAAGUCACGAGCCUGUUCGUCUUCGUGGUGAUAUGCUCCGUUUCGUUCAGCCUGUAUCCGGAUCAAGGGAAGAUCUGGCAGCUGCUGGCUGUGUCCCCGCUGGAAAGCUACUCGGCGAACCUCAGCAGCCACGCUGACUCCACGCUGCUGCAGGUGGACCUGGCUGGGGCCCUGGUGGCCAGCGGCCAAAGCCGUCCUGGGAGAGAAGAGCAUGUCGUGGUGCAGGUGACGCAGGCCGAGGCUCCAGGCAGGCGGAGGCCACAGCAGGUCACUCACAACUGGACGGUGUUUUUAAGUCCACGACGCAGUGAGCAUUUGGUGGUGAGCCGGACCUUUGGGGUUCUGAGCAGUCGCGGCGUCUCCAUCAGCAUCCGCGCGGCCCUGCAGCAGACCCCGGCUGUCCCCCUGCUGGUGGCACACCAGUACCUCGGUGCCAGCGUGGAGGCACAGGUGACCAUCGCCGCGGUCAUCCUCGCCGGGGUCUACGCGCUGAUCGUAUUCGAGGUUGUUCACAGGACACUGGCAGCCAUGCUGGGCUCCCUGGCGGCGUUGGCGGCCCUGGCGGUGACUGGCGAUAGACCCAGCCUGCGCCAUGUGGUGGAGUGGAUCGACUUCGAGACGCUGGCCCUGCUGUUCGGCAUGAUGAUCUUAGUAGCCAUAUUCUCAGAAACUGGAUUUUUUUGUUGUGCCAUAAAGGCCUACAGACUGUCCCGGGGCCGGGUGUGGGCCAUGACCAUCAUGCUGUGCCUCUUCGCUGCUGUGCUGUCCGCCUUCCUGGACAACGUCACCACGUCGCUGCUCUUCACUCCUGUGACCAUCAGAUUAUGUGAGGUGCUCACCCUUGACCCCAGACAAGUCCUGAUUGCAGAAGUGAUCUUCAUUAACAUGGGCGCUGCCACCUCCAUCAGGGACCCACCAAAUGUGAUCAUUGUCUCCAACCAGGAGUUCAGGAAGAUGGGCCUGGACUUUGCGGGCUUCACGGCACACAUGUUCCUCGGGAUUUGCUUUGUCCUCCUCUUCUCCUUCCCGCUCCUCAGACUCCUUUACUGGAACAAAAAGCUGUAUAACAAGGAGCCCAGUGAGAUUGUGGAACUGAAACACGAAAUCCACGUGUGGCGCCUGACCGCGCAGCGCAUCAGCCCCGCCAGCCGCGAGGAGACGGCGGUGCAGGGCCUGCUUCUGGGGAAGGUGCUGGCGCUGGAGCGGCUGCUGGCCCGGAGGCUGCACACCUUCCACAGACAAAUCUCUCAGGAAGAUAAGAAUUGGGAGACCAAUAUCCAAGAGCUACAAAAAAAGCACAGAAUAUCCGACAGGGUUCUGCUGGCCAAGUGCCUGAUGGUGCUGGGGACUGUCAUCUGCAUGUUCUUCCUCAAUUCGUUCGUCCCUGGAGUCCACCUUGAUCUGGGGUGGAUUGCCAUUCUGGGUGCCCUCUGGUUGCUGAUUUUAGCGGACAGCCAUGAUUUUGAGAUCAUCCUACACCGCGUGGAGUGGGCGACGCUCCUGUUCUUCGCGGCGCUCUUCGUUCUGAUGGAGGCGCUGGCACACCUGCACCUGAUCGAGUACAUCGGCGAGCAGACCACCUCGCUGAUCAAGACGGUCCCGGAGGAGCAGCGCCUGGCAGCUGCCAUCGUCCUGGUGGUCUGGGUCUCUGCCAUCGCGUCCUCUCUGAUCGACAACAUCCCUUUCACAGCCACAAUGAUUCCCGUGCUCCUGAACCUGAGUCAGGACCCUGAAGUCAGCCUGCCUGUGCCGCCACUCAUGUACGCGCUGGCCUUCGGCGCUUGCCUGGGAGGCAACGGGACGCUGAUCGGGGCGUCCGCCAAUGUGGUCUGUGCAGGGAUCGCGGAGCAGCAUGGGUAUGGCUUCUCCUUCAUGGAGUUUUUCAGGCUGGGCUUCCCGAUGAUGAUCGUCUCCUGCACCGUCGGGAUGUGCUACCUGCUGGUCGUUCACGUGGUGAUGGGAUGGAGUUAACGGAGGCACAGGCUUCGAGGACCGAAGGGGAGCUCAGCCCGUCACCCACAUCAGGAGAACACUCCCCUGGACCACUCUUGGGAGGAGGAAAGGUGCUUAUGUGCGGGUGUGUGGGGUGUAGACCUUCGGCACCCUCAUUCCUGCUCGGCCGAAUGCUGGCAAACAAGAUGACUUCCCACGACUCCCCUGCGGGAAACGUGUAUAUUUCGUGUUCUGCGCUGUAAGAAAAGACACCAAUGCCCAGUCCACCCCAAAUGCUUGUGUUGUUCGGCCUUCCCUUCUCCCGAGGCUGUCUACGGCUUUUCUUUGUGUCAUCACUUUUCAGUUCGAGUAACCAGCUUUCACAUUGUACACCCUCUGCAGACGUGCUCUUCCUGGGAUAGGCUGCUGAUAGGAAACACUGGAUGUAUUAAGAGAAAAUAAACUCUCCCUUGGCAAGAGGUCUUAGAAUUGUUGGCCUCCUCGUGCGUUUAGUAGUUCACAUUAUGUAAAGUUGCACUUUAUGCAUAUGGUUU